UUGAGAUUUGUAUUAUUGGCAACAUUGAAAUUCAAAAUGGAAACAAAAAUAAAAAAUUUUUCUUAUCACUGAAAAUAACGAGAAAAAAUUUCGAAUUUCGACUUGAAAUUAAAAUAUUGGCGAAUUGAAAUUAGAGUCAAAUCCGUAUGCAUUAAUCGACCACUGAAUCGAAAUAUUUCAUCUAGAUGUGUCAUUCCUGGCGGUUCGGUUACAUCAUCAAUUUGUUAAUGACAUAAUCGCCCAAGGAAUGCUCUAUUAAUACGCCUUCGUCAACGAAAUUCACGAUGGGAGGUGUUAAGAAAUCAUCAUUUUGGGAGUUCAUCGGCGCUGAACUGACCAGAAACUAUGUUCUGGAAUAUGACGAAGAACAGUAUUCGGCUGUUCGCAAGAAAGUUUAUCAGUUCAUGAAGAUCCCAUGGGAAGUGGAGAAAUUCAUGUUUUAUGGCUUCCUUCAAUGUGCUGAUUCGUUUCUGUUUGUGUACACUUUUCUACCUUUAAGAUUUGUAUUAGCUGUGUACGGAUUUUUCUCGAGAUUAUUUUUCGCAGCUUUCGGAUAUCGGUCGAAAAAAUACCUCAAACCAGCUGAAAUAUGUGAUAUACUGAAAAUCACCAUUCUUGUGAUAUGUAGCGUUGUGAUGUCGUAUAUCGAUACUUCUAUCGUGUACCAUUUGAUUAAGAGUCAGUCAGUAAUCAAGUUAUAUAUUUUUUACAACUUAUUAGAAGUCGGUGAUAGACUUUUUUCAGCUUUUGGUCAAGAUAUUAUCGACGCUUUAUUUUGGACUGCUACAGAACCUCGCAACUCUAGAAUCGGCUUCUUAAGAGCGAUUUUUCAUUUUAUUUGCGCUAUUAUUUAUGUCUUUUUACACAGUUUGCUUGUACUUAUACAAGCUACUAUUCUUAAUGUAGCUUUUAAUUCUAGUAAUCGAGCUUUACUAGUCAUCAUGAUGUCGAAUAAUUUUGUAGAAAUCAAGGGGAGCGUGUUCAAGAAAUUCGAUAAGAAUAAUUUAUUCCAAGUAUCAUGCAGCGAUGUAAGAGAACGAUUCCAUUUACUCGUUUUAUUAUCCAUUGUUGUAUUAUUAACGAUGAAAGAGUACGCUUGGGCAGAAGAUACUUUCUGGUUUAUGAUGAUGGAUUGCAUGGUUGUGAUCGUAUGUGAAGUAUGCGUGGAUGGAAUUAAGCACGCGUUCAUUACGAAAUUCAACGAACUGCCACUCGACGUUUAUAAAGAUUACGUCUACAGUUUAGCUUACGAUAUUGCUCAAACGCAUCAAAAACACGCUUUUACAGAUCAUUCUGAUUUAGUUGCUCGACGAAUGGGUUUCAUUCCUUUACCUUUAGGGGUUGUAAUUCUGCACGUGUUGCGUUUAGUCGUCACUACUCGAGGAAUACCGGAGUACGUUUUGUUAGUUCUGGGUUAUUUUUGCCUAGUUUCGGCGAGAUUAUUGAAUAAUAUUCUGAUUUUGGGAAAAGCCUGCAACUACAUCGAGCAGCAUCAGAAAGAACGGGCUCCAAAUACAGCUCAGGAGCAUAACAGCAUAAUGAGACGAGCUUCCAGUACAGAUUCAGCUACAACGCCAACUCAUCCUAGUACACUUUCGCUGAAAAAACGUUCCAUUUCUAUCGAACUUUCCAACGCUUCUAAUCUGCCGAGUAAAACUGAUAACUGUCCUCAACUUCGUUCACCCGCCAUAUUCUCCAAUAGCAACGUAAACAUUAACGAAAUUUCGCUCAACGAAGAAGUUCUCAAGUCGUCACCUAUAGACGACAGCGUCGAUUCGCAGAAAUUAGAAAGUAUCGGUGAAAAUGAUCUCGAAUACGUUACUAGAAGCGAACCGAAUAUUCAGAGUGAAAUCCAUAAUGAUAAUGUCGAGAUGAUGAGCGAAACAUUGAGCACGUUGAGUCUAUCCGAUGAUAAUCUGGCGAAGAAAAGAGCCGAAUCUGAACCGUCGGUCUAUCAUUCGGUUCCAAAUUGAAAACGUGUCUAUGUCUAAAUUUUAUCAAAAUACUGAUGUAAAAUGUAUUUUUCGAGAGCGGAUAAUCGAUUCGAAGGUGAUUUUCUAGUCUAUCGUCUUAACGACAUUGUUCAUGUAGCCUAAAACGGCGAAUAAUCCAGCGUGAGUGUAUUAAAUGAGCUUAUGAUAAGUUUACGAAUCCUGUUUCUAUAUGAGUUUUUUUUGUUGGUUUAUUUAUUUAACGAAGUACAUAUUAAAAUUUUUGAAAGUGA